AUGCAACAGUUUUGGAUGCAAGCUGCCGUUAAACUUGACUGAAGAAGAAGAAGAACUGUGAGGUUUCGUGUCUCGCGCGCUUGUGGGUCUUCCUGUUGGAUUGUAAAAUGGCGCAUUGUUGUCGCCGCCGUACCGAGUAUAUUUGAUAAAGAUUAUAUUUUUCAUUUUAAUUUUUAAAACGCUUGCGCAGAUCAUAAUGUAAUUUGUGCACAGAGCAGCAGUAGAUUGACCAGAGGGGUUCAUUCAUUUCGUGCACACUGCGUCUUUGCAACAGCUUAUCGGGUAAACAUUGGUUGUUAGCAUUAGCUAACUGCUAAGCUAAUAUUCGCUGCAGACCAGCUAAACAAACAUAACGAGAUGGGUUAUUUAAAACUGAUAGAGAUCGAAAAUUUCAAGUCGUAUAAAGGAAGGCAGAUUAUCGGACCUUUUCACAAGUUUACUGCAAUCAUCGGACCCAAUGGAUCUGGAAAGUCCAACCUUAUGGAUGCCAUCAGCUUCGUGUUGGCAGAGAAGACAAGUAACCUGCGUGUGAAGACUCUGAAGGAUCUAAUCCAUGGACCCAAAGAGCGUACGGCGCUGUUUGAAGAGAUCUCCCGUUCAGGAGAGCUGGCCCAGGAGUAUGACCGGAGGAAGAAGGAGAUGGUGAAAGCAGAGGAGGACACGCAGUUCAACUAUCAUCGCAAGAAAAACAUCGCCGCAGAGCGCAAAGAGGCUAAGCAAGAGAAAGAAGAGGCCGAGCGUUACCAGCGUCUUAAGGAUGAAGUAGCCAGAGCGAGUGUACAGUUGCAGCUCUUCAAACUGUACCACAACGAGACUGAGAUCGAGAGGCUGAACAAAGAGCUUGGACAGCGGAAUAAGGAGAUUGAUAAGGACCGUAAAAAGAUGGACCAUGUGGAGGAGGAGCUGAAGGACAAGAAGAAGGAGCUGGGCAGGCUGAUGAGGGAGCAACAGACCAUUGAGAAAGAAAUUAAGGAGAAGGACUCUGAGUUGAACCAAAAGAGGCCUCAGUACAUCAAAGCCAAAGAGAACACCUCACACAAAAUCAAGAAGCUUGAGGCAGCAAGAAAAUCACUGCAAAAUGCCCAGAAGAUGUACAAGAAGCGGAAGGGAGACAUGGAUGAGCUGGAUAAAGAGAUGAGGGCAGUGGAGCUGGCUAAGCAAGAGUUUGAGGAAAGGAUGGAGGAGGAGGCGCAGAGUCAAGGCCAGGAUCUCACCUUGGAGGAAAAUCAGGUGAAGCAGUAUCAUCGUCUGAAGGAGGAGGCCAGCAAACGCGCGGCCACGCUGGCACAGGAGCUGGAGAAGUUCAACCGUGACCAGAAGGCUGACCAGGACCGCCUUGACUUGGAGGAGAGAAAGAAAGUAGAGACAGAGGUGAAACCAACCGAUGAGAAACUCCGAGAACUGCGAGGAGCCAAGCUGGUGAUUGAUGUGAUUCGCUAUGAACCUCCCCACAUCAAAAAAGCUCUGCAGUACGCUUGUGGCAAUGCUCUGGUGUGCGAGAAUGUUGAGGAUGAGAAGUCUAAGCUAGAGAGUGAAUUGGCAAACUUUGGCCCUCGCAUCAAUGACAUCAAGAGGAUCAUCCAGUCCCGUGAGCGGGAAAUCACUGACUUGCGAGACCGCAUGAACCUGGUGGAGGAUGAGGUGUUUGUGGAAUUCUGUAAGGAGAUUGGAGUGAGGAAUAUCAGAGAGUUUGAGGAGGAGAAAGUGAAGAGGCAGAAUGAGAUUGCAAAGAAGCGUCUUGAGUUUGAGACUCAAAAGACCCGCCUGGGUAUCCAGUUGGACUAUGAGAAGAAUCAGCUGAAGGAAGACCAGGAGAAGGUCAUGAUGUGGGAGCAGACUGUGAAGAAGGACGAGGCUGAAAUCGAGAGACUUAAAAAGGAGGAGCACAGACACAUGAAAAUCAUUGAUGAGACAAUGGCCCAGCUGCAGGACCUGAAGAACCAGCAUCUCACCAAGAAAUCUGAAGUCAACGAUAAAAAUCACGAGAUGGAGGAGAUUCGCAAAAAACUGGGUGGUGCAAACAAGGAGUUGACUCAGCUCCAGAAGGAGGUCACUGCCAUUGAGACCAAACUGGAGCAGAAGCGCAGUGACCGUCACAACCUGCUGCAAGCCUGCAAAAUGCAGGAUAUCAGGCUGCCUCUUCGUUCUGGAACAAUGGAUGAUAUCAGCCAGGGAGAGGGGAGUUCCCAGACGGAUGAGUCCAGCAGCCAAAGGACAUCCAGCAGCGUUUUGGCCAAAGAGGCUCUUAUAGAAAUUGACUACAGCAACCUGCACAAGACGGUAGCCCUGGACGGUACUCUGUUCCAGAAGUCUGGAGUCAUCUCUGGAGGUGCCAGCGACCUGAAAGCUAAGGCCAGACGAUGGGAUGAGAAGGCAGUGGACAAGCUCAAAGAGAAAAAGGAGAAACUCACUGAAGAGCUCAAGGAGCAAAUGAAGGCCAAGAGGAAGGAGGCAGAGCUCCGUCAGGUGCAGUCUCAGGCCCACGGUCUGCAGAUGAGACUCAAGUACUCACAGAGUGAUCUGGAGCAGACAAAAACCCGUCACCUCUCCCUCAAUAUGCAGGAGAAGUCUAAGCUAGAGAGUGAAUUGGCAAACUUUGGCCCUCGCAUCAAUGACAUCAAGAGGAUCAUCCAGUCCCGUGAGCGGGAAAUCACUGACUUGCGAGACCGCAUGAACCUGGUGGAGGAUGAGGUGUUUGUGGAAUUCUGUAAGGAGAUUGGAGUGAGGAAUAUCAGAGAGUUUGAGGAGGAGAAAGUGAAGAGGCAGAAUGAGAUUGCAAAGAAGCGUCUUGAGUUUGAGACUCAAAAGACCCGCCUGGGUAUCCAGUUGGACUAUGAGAAGAAUCAGCUGAAGGAAGACCAGGAGAAGGUCAUGAUGUGGGAGCAGACUGUGAAGAAGGACGAGGCUGAAAUCGAGAGACUUAAAAAGUCAGAGUUUGAGGCUGCUCGGAAAAGAGCCAAAAAGGCCAAGCAAGCCUUCGAGCAGAUCAAGAAGGAAAGAUUUGAUCGCUUCAAUAACUGUUUUGAGUCCGUGUCCACCAAUAUCGAUGAGAUCUACAAGGCUCUGUCACGCAACAGUAGUGCUCAGGCAUUUUUAGGUCCAGAGAACCCAGAGGAGCCAUAUUUGGAUGGUAUCAAUUAUAACUGUGUGGCCCCAGGCAAGAGGUUCAGACCAAUGGACAACUUGUCAGGAGGAGAGAAAACUGUUGCCGCCCUGGCUCUGCUCUUCGCUAUUCACAGCUACAAACCCGCCCCCUUCUUUGUGCUGGAUGAGAUUGACGCAGCUCUGGACAACACUAAUAUUGGCAAGGUGGCCAACUACAUCAAAGACCAGUCAAUGGAGAACUUCCAGGCCAUUGUCAUUUCUCUGAAGGAGGAAUUCUACACCAAGGCAGACUCUCUCAUAGGUGUUUAUCCAGAGCAAGGAGACUGCGUCAUAAGCAAAGUGCUAACCUUUGACCUCUCGCAAUAUCCUGAUGCCAACCCAAAUCCAAACGAGUAAGACCUGCUCUCCCAGCACUGGUAUUUUGUGAAGUUGGAUGUUUCCAUGGUUACUUUUUCUGGAUUGCUCAUUGUAACCUUGUAGUCACAGAUGAUGUAUCCAUUAGGUCUCACAUGUUAUUUCCUUUAAAAAAAACAAACAAAAACAUUAGAGUAGUGACUUAUUGAGCUUCAGUUGUUUUAUUUUCUUUAUAGACCGUAAUGACCAGGAUGUAUGUACAUUUAUAAAAUCCAGUCCUUUAUCAGUUUUCCAAUAUAAUUGUGUGGGGUGCUUUUUAAGAAGCUGUAGAAUUUGUAUCAUGUGGUUAAAGUGUCUCGAACAUCCCUAAAGCCAAUUUUUGUUUUCAUAACUUUUAUACUGUUCAUGGCCGUCUUUCCAGCUGUGUGCUUUAAAGCUCUUGCCCGUUUCCUCUUCUCUGUACUUAACUGCAAUUUCAUAUGUGCGCCUAUGUUUGUUUGUUUUUUAAAGCUUAACGAGGAAUCUGUUGUUACAGUAUGAUGGAUACAUUCCCAUGUGCAAAAGCUAAAUAAAACCUGCAGUUAGCAGCAGCAGCUGGCAGAGCUGUUAUGAGAUCAUGGAACUGAGGCUAUUACUGCUCUGCUUUUUUAUUCCCUGAGUAAUAUUCUGAAUCAACUUUGGUAGGCAGAAAACUCAGCAUGAGUCCAUGCUGAAACUGCUCGGCCUGUUUUAUCGAUUGCUUUGCUUCAAUAAAUUUUGAAUUAUUUAAACUCA